AUCCCUAUGUGGAGACACCUAGGAGUGUUUGUUGAGCUGUUUGAAAGCAGAAGUAAAAAGGAAAACUAGUUUCACUUCUGCUUCCGUGAAGCUGCCAGUACAAAGUCACCGAAUGAGUGCCAGGGAGUUUACACUGGCUGAAGGAUGAGGAAGAAGAGUUUAUCUCAAAGGUGAAGUAUGUCCAGCUGUCAGUUCCCCAUGUCGGUCAGCGACUCCAGCCUGGAGGCCUGGACGGCGAUCGCCUCCGGGGGUUUCGGACAAGUAUUCAAAGCCAGGCAUCGAGGGUGGUGCUGCGACGUGGCCGUCAAGCUGCUUCACCACGAUGACCGGAACAGCGAGUCGGCGCUGCUGAAGGAGAUCGACAUGGCGCGCCAAGGGAGCAGCCCGCACGUGGUCCUGGUCCGAGGGGUCUUCAAGGGCCGGCCGCCCGGCGUGGGCUCUACGCGGCUGGGCCUGGUCAUGGAGUUCAUGGAGAGAGGAUCCCUGGCCUCCCUGCAGCACAGCUUAAACGAAGCCCCGCCCUGGCCGCUGGUCUGCAGACUGGCUCACCAAGUGGGCCUGGGCAUCAACUUCCUGCACAGCCUGUCGCCUGCUCUGCUGCACAUGGACCUGAAGCCCAGCAACGUGCUGCUGGACUGCUCUCUCAACGCCAAGCUCACAGAUUUCGGCCUUGCGCGGCUUCACUGCAGCGUCUCGUGCUCUUCAAAGAAGACGAGUGAUGAGGAAGGUGGGACGAUCCGGUACAUGCCGCCGGAGGCUUUCGACCUGUUGUACAAACCGGACAAAGCCUCCGACAUCUACAGUUAUGGUAUCCUCUUGUGGUCCAUUGUCACAGGGAAACCACCAUAUGGACGAGCUCAGUCCAGCCUGGUGCAGUAUCGCAUCCCAAAGGGGGACCGUCCAUCGGUGCCCGAGUUCAUGCUCCGGGCCGACGGGUGUGCCGGGUUUGCCGAACUGAGGCGGCUCAUGGAGAGAUGCUGGGACCAGGCACCCGGAAAAAGACCCUGCGCCCUCGAGUGCGCAAUCGAGGCAGAAAAACUGCACAAGAUGCACAAAGAGGACAUCAACGACGUCGUCCACGCCGUGCAGAGGAUACUGGACAAAGAAAAGGACGCCCAAAGAAUGCUGAAGCAGUUUGAGGGGAUUCACGUCUCUCCGUUUUUAGGAAGCGGGCGUUGGGAACCAGAGAGUCACGUUACCGUGCCAACGGGUCGCACACCAAUCCAGGAAAUGGAUGGCAGUAGGACAGCAGAUCAGAAAGACAUUGCGCGAGUCGAAGCUUGUCUUCCCUUUUCAGAUCCGCCUUCAUCUCGGCAUCUGGGCGACGACGUGAGCCGGCGGCCGACGGACGAUAAAGUGAAAAAGUCCUCCGUUUGCCCCAUUCGAUCCCCCCCGUCGUCUCCUUCCGCUCGGCGGCCCGCUGGGGGAGGAACGGAAAAGGCCCCCCAGCAGGGUUCGAAGCAAGAGCGGCCUUCGAAGUGUCAACGGCAGAAUUCCAGCCCCGCCCCUCAGCGCGUCAUGGAGAUCCGCCUCAGCGACGUGGUGGGAUUACAGUACGGCGACAACAACAGCAUGAGCAUCCAAACCGUUCUCCCCCGAGAGAGGAGACGGCACCCGACGGCCCCGCCGGGGGUCAACCACCCAUCGCAGCGCCGAGGGAGCCGGAAGGACACGACGGGAGGACCGCCGCCACCUUGAGUUCUCUAAUUCCACGAAACAGCCCUCUACACUUCAUACAUACUUUCUUCUUUUUUUGUUGCUUUUCAAAUGUAGAAAGUCCAUGUGAAACGUCAUUUUAAAUACUUUUUUUUUUUAAUUUAAAAAAAACCCAAAACUAAAUAAUAGUAAAUAAUUUGUAUUGUAUUAUUUGUAAUAUAGAUUAAGGCCUGUCUUAAUGCAUUCAUUUGUUUUUUUUUUAUUACUAUGCGUCUCUUUUAAGAAAACCGUUCCGACCCUAAGAACUUCCUGAUGCAUUUUGCAUUUACCUUUUUUACAGAUAAAAUAAAAAAUGCAGGCGUGUACGAUCCAGCAUGUUGUUUCCGUUGCUGUAACGGCGCUGCCAUGAAAUGUCAGCUUCUUGAAAACUUUGAAUUGCUUCAUCCUAAAGGUACAUUACAAAAAAUAUGAAGAACCUGGAGAUUGUAUAUGUUAAAAAAACAUAGUUUACUUAGAUUUAGAUUUCUGAAAACCUCAGGUGUGUUUUUUCAUGUUCCUUUACAACUUCACUUUUGUUUUAAUCAAUAAAUGCUUAUUUUAUUAAGUUAUUUUAAAGGAAAGUAUUCUCUGAUUUCAGCUUCUCAGACUUGAGGUUGAAACCAGCGGUCAAACAAACCACUCAAUUCUUUGACUGUUUUCUUCUUUUUUAAUAAAUAUAUUUGAAUAAUAA